AUAAUCAGAUCAAAAACACACGAAAUUAAACAAUAAACAGGAAAUCGUCCAAUAGUAAUCAAGCAUUUUCGAAAACAGUUAAAUCACAUGAUAUAGAUGAAUCUGGUAUAUCUUGUCUAUUUAGUUAUACACAUAUCUUUAUCCUUUGGUAGUAUCACUGCGUUACCAAUAUUAUAAGAGCAAUUUUGCCAGCAUUUGAGUUUUAAAAGUAAAUUUGAAAAUUUUGAGGACUAGUUUCGAACUUUAAGAUUGAGUUGCGGAGAAAGUAUUUUUAUACUUGAACAACAGAAAGGUUUGAUCCUGAGAUGAGAUCUGAAGAGAAAGAAAAUGAACCUCAGGAUGCUGAUUUACAAACGACCACUCUAUCAUGUAUCUCGAAAAUGGAUUUUACACUGCCAAAAUAUCGCAAUAACAUAAGUCCCGCGAUCGACAAACUCAUGCGAAUGAUAAAUAUGUCGAGCUUGUUGACCUCCGAUGAUUCAUCUGAUGAUUUGCCAAUAUCGACGAAUCGCAUUUUUCCGUUCAACUAUUAUCUCGGCAAUGACAAAAAAUUCACAGUUCCUAUCUUGAGUAUUCCUAAAGAAAGUUUGGAUGUAUGUUUCUCAAGCCCGAAGCCGUUUGUCAGCACUUACAAAAGAGACGCAGAAGAUUACGGUGCGUAUUCGAUGAUGCCACUGAUGAAAAAGAUCGAGUCUUCGUUAUUCCAAAUUGUACGGGAACCUUCGUUGUCGGAAGUGCAGGAAGUCGAUCCGAAUAACGAAUCAGCUCAGUUCGGGUAUAACGAGGAUAUUAUCUAUGUGUCCGAGGUGUAUUUCUUAUUGAUGGCAUCCAACAGAAAUAGAAGGCAUAAUUUGCGCGAGAGAUCACGAAGGAAUUCGAAAGAUAGCGCUUUCAGUGAGUUUAUGGGAUCUGACAAAGACCAAAUGGAAGUUUGAUUUCGUCAUUAAGCAUCGAUGAGGAAUCAACGAGGAUAAUGAAAAUUAUUGGCAAUGACAAUGUUAUCUCUUAUGUUUCUAUUUUUAUGAAUUAAGUUUGCAUUUCGAAAAAUA